AUGAACUCGUCAGGCGCCCUCCAGGAUGCGCCCAAUGCCACCGUGCUGCAUGCAUCUCCCUCCCAGGCAGGAAACAGCACCUCCCUCCAGGACCUCAUCCACACGGCCACCUUGGUGACCUGCACCUUCCUGCUCGCCAUCAUCUUCUGCCUGGGCUCUUACGGCAACUUCAUCGUCUUCUUGUCCUUCUUUGAUCCAGCCUUUAGGAAGUUCAGAACCAACUUUGACUUCAUGAUCCUGAACCUGUCCUUCUGUGACCUCUUCAUCUGUGGGGUGACAGCCCCCAUGUUUACCUUUGUGCUCUUCUACAGCUCAGCCAGUAGCAUCCCAGAUGCUUUCUGCUUCACCUUCCAUCUCACCAGUUCAGGUUUUAUCAUCAUGUCCCUCAAGAUGGUGGCAGUCAUUGCUCUGCACCGGCUCCGCAUGGUGUUAGGGAAGCAGCCCAGCCGUACAGCCUCCUUCCCCUGCACCCUGCUCCUCACCCUGCUCCUCUGGACUACCAGCUUCACUCUGGCCACCUUGGCUACCCUGAAAACCACUAAGUCCCACCUCUGUCUUCCCAUGUCCAGUCUGAUGGCUGGAGAGGGGAAAGUAGUUCUGUCUCUCUACGUGGUGGACUUCACCUUGUGCGUGGCUGUGGUGUCUGGCUCGUACAUCAUGAUCGCUCAGGCGCUGUGGAAGAAUGCUCAAGUGAGAAAGUGCCCUCCGGUCAUCACAGUCGAUGCAUCCAGGCCACAGCCUUUCAUGGGGGCCCCUGUGAAGGGAGGUGGUGAGCCCAUCCAGUGUACCGUGCCAGCGCUGUACAGGAACCAGAAUUACAAUAAAUUGCAGCACGUUCAGACGCAUGGAUACCCCAAGAGUCCCAACCAGCUGCCCACCCCUGCAGCCAGCAGACUCCAGCUGGUGUCCGCCAUCAACCUCUCCACUGCCAAGGAUUCCAAAGCGGUGGUCACGUGCGUGAUCAUCGUGCUGUCCGUCCUGGUGUGCUGUCUUCCACUAGGCAUUUCCUUGGUGCAGGUGGUACUGUCGAACCACGGCAGUUUCAUCCUUUACCAGUUCGAACUGUUUGGCUUUACCCUGAUAUUUUUCAAGUCAGGGCUAAACCCUUUUAUAUACUCCCGCAACAGCGCAGGGCUGAGGAGGAAAGUGAUCUGGUGCCUCCAGUACAUUGGCCUGGCCUUUUUCUGCUGCAAACAGAAGACUCGACUUCGAGCCAUGGGCAAAGGGAACCUGGAAGUGAACAGAAACAAAUCUUCCCAUCAUGAAACAAACUCUGCCUACAUGUUGUCUCCUAAGCCACAGAAGAAGUUUGUGGACCAGGCUUGUGGCCCGAGUCAUUCAAAGGAGAGUGUGGUAAGUCCCAAAAUCUCUGCUGGACAUCAGCACUGUGGUCAGAGCAGCUCAACCCCUAUCAACACUCGGAUUGAACCAUACUACAGCAUCUACAAUAGCAGCCCUUCGCAGGAGAGCAGUCCUCAAAAGCUGCAGCCGGUCAACUCUUUUGGAUUUGCCAGUUCCUAUAUCGCCAUGCAUUACCACACCACUAACGAUCUCAUGCAAGAGUAUGACAGUACUGCAGCUAAGCAGAUUCCAGUUCCUUCUGUUUAA